CACGGCCCCGGCGCCGGCCCCCUGGAAGGUCGCCCCGGGCUCCGCGUCGUCUGCGCGAGUGGACAGCCCGCGGCCGGAGCCCGCCGUGAUGACAGUGAAAGACCCCAGACUGGCAGCCCCCGGCCCUCCGUUCCUUCUGCCCGUUCCUUCUGCCACAUCCUUCUGCCCGUCCGCUGGCCUCCCGGGCGUGUGGAGAGCGUUUGUUCUUCCCUUUCUUCCCACCGCCACAUGGGUGCAGUUACUAACCGUGCAAGCCAGGCACCGCUGGGGGUGCUCAGAGCCACUGCUGUCCAGGAACUUAGCUCCAAGUCUUGGCCGCCCAUGCCCAGCCUCUUAAAACUCAAGGUUAUUCGUAGCCCUUGGUGUGCCCACCCUGGCCCCCUCCACGUUCAGGCGCAAGGACACCGCGCGUAGAGUGGCCUCAGCACCCCUGUAAUUCCUUAUCUCGCCUUCUGCACACCCCGAAAUGGAGAUCUGCGCUCCAGGGAGGCAGAUCCUCCUCCCAUGGGAAUGAUUUCAGUGCUGUGUCCCACAUGGCUGUCAUCUUUCCGAUCAAAGGCAGAAAUGAGACAUACUUGCCGUGGUACCAUCAACCUAGCCACAGCCAACAUCACUGUUGAAGACUCCUGCAACUUCAUCAUUUCCAAUGGGGGUGCCCAGACCUACCAUCUGAAAGCUAGCUCAGAAGUAGAGCGGCAGCGCUGGGUGACAGCCCUGGAGCUGGCCAAGGCCAAGGCUGUGAAGAUGCUGGCAGAAUCAGAUGAAUCAGGAGAUGAAGAGUCUGUCUCACAAACUGACAAGACUGAGCUGCAGAAUACCCUCCGCACACUCUCCAGCAAAGUAGAGGACCUGAGCACGUGCAAUGACUUGAUAGCCAAGCAUGGCACAGCCCUGCAGCGUUCCCUCAGCGAGCUGGAGUCCCUGAAGUUGCCUGCUGAGAGCAACGAAAAGAUCAAACAGGUCAACGAGCGAGCCACACUCUUCAGAAUAACCUCCAAUGCCAUGAUCAAUGCUUGCAGAGAUUUCCUCGUGCUAGCUCAGACCCAUAGUAAAAAAUGGCAGAAGUCGCUGCAGUAUGAGAGAGACCAGCGCAUUCGACUGGAAGAGACCCUCGAGCAGCUGGCAAAGCAGCACAACCACCUGGAGAGGGCCUUCCGGGGAGCCACAGUUCUGCCUGCACAUACCUCUGGCAGCGCAGGUUCUGGUAAAGAUCAGUGUUGCUCUGGCAAAGGGGACAUGAGUGAUGAGGAUGAUGAAAAUGAAUUUUUUGAUGCCCCUGAGAUCAUCACCAUGCCUGAAAAUUUGGGACACAAACGUACUGGCAGCAACAUCAGUGGAGCCAGCAGUGACAUCAGCCUUGAUGAACAGUACAAGCAUCAGCUGGAGGAGACCAAGAAGGAAAAGAGAACCAGAAUACCAUACAAGCCAAACUAUAGCCUGAAUCUGUGGAGCAUCAUGAAGAACUGCAUUGGGAAAGAACUCUCCAAGAUCCCCAUGCCGGUGAAUUUCAAUGAGCCCUUGUCCAUGCUUCAGCGCCUUACUGAAGAUCUGGAAUACCAUGAGCUGUUAGACCGAGCUGCAAAAUGUGAGAAUUCUCUAGAACAGCUCUGUUAUGUUGCAGCUUUCACCGUGUCCUCCUACUCCACUACUGUCUUCCGAACCAGCAAGCCAUUCAACCCACUCCUUGGGGAGACCUUCGAGCUGGACCGAUUAGAGGAGAAUGGGUACCGAUCCCUCUGUGAGCAGGUGAGUCAUCAUCCCCCUGCUGCUGCACACCAUGCUGAGUCCAAAAAUGGCUGGACAUUGCGUCAGGAAAUCAAAAUCACCAGCAAGUUUCGAGGCAAAUACCUCUCCAUUAUGCCCCUCGGUACCAUUCAUUGUAUUUUCCAUGCAACUGGGCACCACUACACUUGGAAAAAGGUUACCACUACUGUGCACAACAUCAUUGUGGGCAAGUUGUGGAUAGAUCAGUCUGGUGAAAUUGAUAUUGUGAAUCACAAGACAGGAGACAAAUGUAAUCUUAAAUUUGUUCCUUAUAGCUACUUCUCUCGGGAUGUAGCAAGAAAGGUGACAGGAGAGGUGACAGAUCCAUCGGGGAAAGUUCAUUUUGCUCUUCUGGGGACAUGGGAUGAGAAAAUGGAUUGUUUCAAAGUACAGCCAGUCUCUGGGGAAAAUGGAGGUGAUGCUCGACAGAGAGGCCACGAAGCAGAGGAAAGCAGGGUCAUGCUCUGGAAAAGGAAUCCUUUGCCGAAGAAUGCAGAAAACAUGUACUAUUUCUCAGAGCUUGCUCUAACUCUGAAUGCCUGGGAAGGUGGCACUGCCCCCACGGAUAGCCGGUUACGGCCUGACCAGAGACUAAUGGAAAAUGGGCGCUGGGAUGAAGCAAAUGCUGAGAAGCAGCGCCUGGAGGAAAAACAAAGACUUUCCAGAAAGAAGAGAGAAGCAGAAGCUAUGAAAGCCACAGAAGAUGGCACACCUUAUGAUCCUUAUAAGGCGCUGUGGUUUGAGCGGAAGAAAGACCCUGUUACCAAGGAGUUAACCCAUAUUUAUAGGGGGGAAUACUGGGAGUGUAAAGAAAAACAGGACUGGAACUCAUGCCCGGACAUUUUCUGAAGUGGCAGUAACAGAAAUGAAGAGGAUCUAACAGAAGAGGACAGAAGAUGUGUGGGAAAGCUGGCGUUUGUGACUCUCUUACCAAGUGCUUUCCUCAAGUUUGUCUGUCUUAACCAAUCAUUUUUUUUUCCAAAUCAAUCACCAGAAGCAAACACCAGUGGUGGUGAUUGGCUGGUUGCCUUAGCUGAUCGAAAAUGAAAUCGACAUACUAGAUACCUGUGUUUGUAAGGGAGAGGUUUGGUGGCUGAAAAGUGUUAUUCCACAUCUGCAAAGUCAGGUGUUCUUGACUCUUCUUUCUCCCUCGGCCCCCAUUUAAAAUGAUGUCAUUCAUCCUCCCUGUAAUAUCCUGUUUGGCCAAGAUCUAUAUAAGAUUAUGAUUCAGGGGCAUUUUGGUGCUGUUCAGAGCAAGAGUUGGUUUUAAAGCAACUUUAAAAAGAAACACAUAAGACUUACCUCUGGAGGCAUUGCAAAUGGUUGCUUUGGAGCUUAGGUAUAACAUUAUGAAAUGUAUUCACACGGGGGUCAUUCUCAUGGGAUGUCCGUGCAUAGAGAGCGGAGGUACUGGACACCUGCAGGAAAGAUUGUUUUGUAAGGCUGCAAUAUUCAGAGUCACAUUCUUGGAAGUUUAUAUCUUCACUGGCAUCAGACCUGCCUCUGCUAUUCCCCGUCUUUGUCAGCAACUGGAGAUGGUGGUUAGUAAAAAGGUUGCAUUGUCCUCGCAGAGGCGUUUAUCGACUUUCUCAGGCAGAGGACUUCUGAGAAUAGGCAGAAUGGAAAAGACUGCUCACCACUUUCGCUUUCCCUGUUCCUCUACAUCUCCAUCCUUCAUUGCCUUUCUAGUUUCUCUUCUCUGUUGGCACAAUACCAGUUUGGGUCUGUGCCUGUCCCAUUUUCUAUACAUCAGAAUCUGAGAGAAGAUAUAUGGACAAAAGAUUUUACCAUCUCUCAAGCCCCAUGGACUGGAGCCACCUCUGAAAUAAUGUGUUAAAUAUCUGUAUAUUAUAUAUAUGUAGAGAAAAAUCUAAUUUUUGGUUUGAUUUUCCUCUUUCCCAUUAAGAAUCUUGGUUUUUGAUAUCCCUUAUCUCCCUGGGACUCGCUCUUGGACUUGUUGAUAUGGAUUGGCACUGCUCUGCUUUUCACCUUUUAGGGGCAGGCAGAUUCAAAACCUGAGGAGGAUCAAGUCUGGCAGUUAGAACAGGGACCUUGUCCAUGGUUUGUAUCAUGGGGUGCCCACUGCUGUCUAAACUCUGCUUUCCUAAUUACCUGAUUCUUAAAAAUUACAUCCUAACCUCUUUCCUGCCUCUUUUCUGUCUUGCGUUAGGAAGAAUAUGGGUUGAAAUUCAGGAGGGUAAUUUCCAGUUUAAUUCUGCCCUUGUCCAACACACAGGCUAACUCCCAAAAGAACUUUCUUCUUCGGAUGCAGGGCUAAAAGUACCGUCUGGCCGAGUAGACAGGAGAACUGCUCCUGCUGGGCCUUGGCUUCCUUCUUUGUUCCGUGUUUGUUUUAUGUUUAGAAGUCUAACCCCUGUACAACCCACCCUUGGUUGAGGAUCACAAAUUGAGGUGCCUUUCUUGUAUGCUUUUUGUUAGUGUUUUUUUCUUUUUGUUCCUUAACUGCUGAGCCUCAGCCAGUGUGGAUCCUGGGGGAAAAUAUCAUUCCAGAGGAAGCCAUCCCUCCAGGGAAGUUGGAUUUAUGCUGGGUAAAUGGGUACUUUUAUCCUUCCCCAUCAGAGUGACUGCUGGGGGAUUUCCUCCUAAGAACCCUGUUCCCAACACAGGCGAGAGCCAGGGAAGCCCAUAAAGCUCGGACUUCAUCUGGGGCUUUGGGUGGAGUGGAAAUUCCCCAGCUAAGUUAAACGUCCCUGCCUUCUCCCUCUUUUCUUUGUCUGCACUACAUUUCUGGCUUGAUCCCCUAUCAGAUUCUUGCUAAUGGAAGCUGAGUCCUUCAGGUGGAAUAAAGUCAAAUGAAAACAAAACAAAACUAUAUAUAUUUUCAGUUUUUUUGCCUUAUUUUUUUUUUCAAAAAAUUUACUAAAUUAAAUAAUUUUUAAAAAGUCAUAUUGUUUGUCUGAUUCACUUCUACUCCUACCAGGCAGAAAAUGUUGGUGAGGAAGGGAAGAAGAACUGGUCCGAUGAGCUUUGUUAAGCUUAGGAGUCUGGGUGCCCAGGAAUGAUGGUCUUCAAGACAAACUGAAAGGAAAGCUGAUGUUCCAACUGUUGAACACCACUCCUUGGGCCCAUGAGCAGAAGAGUAACUUUAGAAGCCUGUUGGUAUAGGGGAAUAGUUGCUAGUGUUUUUGAUACUGAGCCUGCUUCACUUCAAAAUUAGAAGUUUUUAGGGCUGCUAUUGUGUAGCUGGUAGAACUGCCGCCUGUGACUCUGGCAUCCCCCUUUUCCAGUCCAGCUCCCUGCUAAUGCACCUGGAAAGGCAGAGGAAGAUGGCACAAGUGCUUGGGCCCCUGUUCCCAUAUGGGAGACGUGGAGGAAGGUCCUGGCUCCUGGCUGCAUUCUGGCCGUUGCGGCCAUUUGGGAAGUGAACCAGUGGGUGGACGACCUCCCUCUCUCUGUCUCUCCCUCCCUCUCCCUAUAACUCUCCCUUUCAAAAUAAAUUAAUCUUAAAAAGAGUAAAUAGGGGCAGUGCUGUGGCAUAGUAGACUAAGCCUCUGCCUGUGUUGUUGGCAUCCCAUAUAGGCGCCAGUUUGUGUCCCGGCUACUCCAGUUUCAAUCCAGCUCUCUGUGGCCUCGGAAAGCACUGGAAGAUAGCCAAGUGCUCGGGGCCCUGCACCCAUGUGUGAGACCCAGAUGAAACUCUUGGCUCCUGGCUGGCUCCUGGCUGGCUCCUGGCUCCUAGCUCCUGACUCCUGGCUCAGCUCUGACCGUUGCAGCCAUUUUGGGAGUGAACCAGCAGUUGGAAGACCUUUCUCUGUCUUUCCCUCUCAGUAACUCUGCCUCUCAAAUAAAAUUUAAAUAAAUAAAUAAAAAAUUUUAUAGAAUUUACUUUCUCUUGCUCACUUAGAUUCUGAGUUUAUUCAGUUUUUCAUGUAGGAAUUCACAAUUUUCAACAUUUUAAAAAUUUUUCUCAUUUUCUAAAUAUACUUUUUAAAACAUUUAAAAAUAUUUAACAAUAAUUGUAUAUAUUUAUGGAGUACAGUGGGACAUUUCAACCCUUAUAAACAAUGUGUACUGAUCAAAUCAGGAUAAUGUUUCCCUCUCUUGGUUGUUACAUGUAAUUGGAGCCUUGGAGCCUCUGUCUUCUGUUUGCUCAGAAAAUACAGGUUAUUGUUAACUGCAGUCACCCCACUGAGCUCUAAUACUGUGCUGGAACACAGGGAGCUUAAGUCCGGUCUGUGAUUUGGUGCCCAUUAUCCAACCUCCCUUAUCUCCACCUCCACCCUGAGAUUCAAAUUUUUUAUUCUGUUUUUUGAAAAUAAGUGAUUGACUUUUUAAAGGUUUACUUAUUUAUUUGAAAGUCAGAGUUCUGCUGGGUCACUCCGGGCUGCAAACAUUUGGGCCAUCUUCCUCUGCUUUUCCCAGGCCACUAGCAGGGAGCUAGUGGAGCAGCCGGGACACAGGGUAGAGCCCAUGUAGCUCCAGCAAUUGGCUUUUGAUUUGAGGAGCUUUGUGAGAAAGAGAAAGACAAUGAGCAUACUUGUUUAGGUUUUCUCUGUAAAAUCAGGUUCAGGGAGAUCCUGGGAUGGGGAAAGUAACCAAGAGGCCCCAAGAACAAGUACAAUUCCUGCCAUGGGAGGGAACUCACUGAGCAUCUGCUGUGUGUUCGUGCUGGGAGGCAGCAUUCUCCUGCUUACACAUAAGCAAUUUUAAGAGGAAAAUGUAACAGUUACUAUUUUGAAAAUAAAACCUAAUUUAAAUAAAUUCUCUCAAGGUCGAAUAGCUGGUUACUAACAAUAUUGGAAUUCAAAACUUGAUUUGUUGACCUCAGAGUCUGUGACCUCUCACUCUGUGCUCUGGGAGAAAUUGGGCUGGAAGGCAGCUGGUGGUUGUGUCCUCUGCGGGAUUAUAAGCCAGGAUGUGGAAAGGCACGUUUCUCUCUCCAGAGGUUAACAUGGGCAGUGUCAGUUCUUUUGAGGCUGUACUUGAAGAAAGAAUCAAGAAGCAUCCUUGAAUUCAGCCUCCAGGCCACUUGACUUCUCAAGGCUCUCGGUUCCACAACAUUAGCUGUUUUGUCAGGGAAUAUUUUUCUAGCAUGGUUGUCAAGAAGGCCACUUAUCUGUUUAACCCAUUUGCCUGCUUCCCGUUGCUGUCUUUGAUGUUAAGUUUCAGCUGAGGUUUUUAUCUGGCAAGCUAAAAAGCACAGCAGUGCAAUUUGCCCCCUUGGCAUAUAAUUUCCUGCAUUGGGAGCAGUCAGAUGUCACUGAAAUGUUUAAUGAUCCUUCCUUGGUUCCUAUAAUAUGGCAGGAAGGGUAGGAACAUAGAUCCUACGUGAUCUACCAAGCCUGAUCAUGAUUCAAAGUUUUGACUUAUAAAAUUAUAAAUUAUUACACCUAGAAGAGAAGAAGAAAAAUAAUAAAUACACUUGUCAGGGAUCUCUGAAGUCCCACAGAAGUGUUAAGCUUGUCCUGCACAUUUCGAGAGUCCACUCUACUUUGAGCAAGAUAACAGGACCAACCUGCAGUUCAGUCCUAAAAGGAGGUGUAGAAACAUCUUUGAUAUUUGAUAUUUUGUAUUUGAUAUACAACCAUAGUUGUAUACCCUGCAAAACUCUUAAGAUUGUUGCCAAAAUUUAAAGCUUGCCAUUCGCAAAAACAUGGAAGCAACUGGGGGUCGUUCUGUCAAGUGAAAUAAGCCGAGUCUUAAAACAGAAUGAUCUAGAAGUGUAAUGAUGGUUACCAGAGUAAGGAGGAAAGACGAAGGCUGGUGAAAGGUUGACUGGAAUAAGAUCUGGGGUUCUAAAGCACAAGUAGUGUGACUACAGAUAAUGUAUGUAUUUCUCUAUUCGAAAAACCUAAAAGAGAGGACUCUGAAUACUUUCACCAUGAAGAAAUGUUAAAUGUUUGAGAAGAUAUAUUUACCCUGACUGGACAUUAUGUAUAUACAUGUUUGAAACAGCACAUGGUACCCCAUAAAUAUGUACAAUUUUUGUAUGUUAAAAAUAUUUGUAAUCAAUUAAACUUUUUUUUUUUUAAUUUACA